CGACAAAUACCGGGGCCAAAGUGCUCGGGACCGGUCGAUGCCAUACCUGAGCCCAAUGGCUUAAAAUACGGGCCACAAAGCCCAACGCCCUCUGCAGCGCAACAACAACAGCACUGGCAACACAACCGCCAUUGUGUGUCACAACACACCAGUGCUGGCAAUACCAUCGCCACCAGUGCUCACACUUUCGAGCCAUUAAUCCACAGAUCAGUCCAUAAACUGAGACACACUAUACGGACAAAUCAUUCAUACAAUAAGUUCAUCGCUUCCAACACAAGACAUCGUCACACAAUUGGAUCCAAUCAUCACAUCUCUGAAAUGUCAUCAAAACUGUUGAAACCGUUACCACUGGUGGAUGUGAUAACCGAAGACAUGCCUAUCAUUCAUAUGCUUUACGGACAAUACAAAGACGAAUAUUGCGAUAAUUGUGUCAAACGAUUGGAUCAAUUGAAGCGAUGCUCGAAAUGUCUUCACAUGUAUUACUGUAGUAAAGAGUGUCAGAGGAAUGACUGGAAGUAUUACAAGAAUGAGUGCAAACUCUAUGGCCAGAAAUGUCAUCAAAACUGUCAAACCGUUAUCACCGAUGGAUGUGAUCACUCAAGAUAUGAGCGCCGACCACACCAUCAUUUGUACGGCCAACACAUGAGCGCCGGAGAUGUGAUCACUCAAGACAUGCCUAUCAUUCAUGUAUUGAAUGUGAAAUUCAAAGACAAAUAUUGCGAUAAUUGUGUCCAAAAAUCGGAUCAAUUGAAGAGAUACACGAAAUGUCUUCACAUGUAUUAUAGCGGUAAAGAGUGUCAGAAGAAUGAUUGGAAGUAUCACAUGAAUGAGUGUUCACUCUAUAGCGAUGGCCACGAGUUGUCCCGUAAACUGAUGUCCAAUAAUUGGCUCAGACUUUGGCUCCGACUUUACGUUUCGGUGCAAAACAUCCCAAACUUUGUCACAAAAAAUCUCAGAGAUAUCAAAGUCAAUGUGAAUGAAAAGAGAGAGCAUUUGUGGGAGAUUUGCAAUCUAUUCAUACAAUUGGGUGUGAAAUACGACUUUCAAGAAGUGGUCCAUUGGUUGGCAUUCGUGGCAACUGUUCCCGCAUUUCAGCUCAAAUCACAUCUAAAGAUCGGUUGUAUUGGUCGCGGACUAUAUAUGAGAGACACCACUCUUCGGCACAGCUGUCAGCCCAACAGUGCCUUCAUUUACAACAGCAGAGAUCAGUCCAUAAACUGUGAGACACUUUUCGGACAACUCUUUCAUACCAUAAGUCCAUUGCUUCCAACACAAUACAGCACUCGGGCGCCGGGCAUCGGAUCGCCGACUGGAGCUCAACACUUGGGCGCAGGCAAUGCUAUUGCCAAACGCGGCCAUCACAUGAGCGCCGGGCAUCUGAUCGCCAACUGGAGCUCAACACAGUGCUGGCCAGGGAUUCACACCCCCUGUGCCAUAAAACAAUUCAUUAAAACAGCCGGUAAGGGAUUUACAACCCCUUCGCCGGCAAACUUUUUA